GAGAGAGAGAGAGAGAACUAUUUUGGGCCUGCAAAGCUGGCUUCUUCCGGGCAGCCACUGCCCCUGUUCCCAGUGUGAAGGGCACCGGGAACUACAUCAUGCCACACCGGGGGAGGCUUAACGGGCACUCGCCAGCAUGGCCCCAUCCCCAGCAUAAGCUGUUCACAAGAUGGAAAAUUUUGAAUACAGCAUCCAGCUGAACGACCGGGAUUGGGCUGAAUUUUACUUCGUCUCGGAGGAAUGCCGUUUGAUCUCCCCAGCCUUGGCCACUGCUGAAGACCAGCUCCUGAGUGAUCUUGAGGAAGGGGAGGCUGAAGAAAAGAGGGGCCCAGCCCACCCAAAAAACAGCUGCUUCUCCCCUGGCAUCCCAAGUGGGCACCUGCUUGCAGAAGAUGCUUUGUCUGGCAGCGAAGAUGAAACCGACGUAGGGUCCGUUGGCAGGUUUCUUUGCAGGAAUCAGCAAGUCUUUCUGCCUCCCCAGUCCUCCCCAAGUCCCUACCCCAGCCUGACUUUGAACCCUGGACCUGCCACCAGCUCUGUCCCUCUCUCUGUGGCUGAAGAACAAGGCGUAGGAAUAGUAGGCUGGCCCAUGGAUCCUGAAACGAAGACGGAAGCCCACAUCACCCAAGAAAGGGAUUUACAGGAGCCACUUCCAAGGCCAGAGACAAGAGAAAAAUCUUUGGUUCUGCCCCUCGGUCCGAGUCCUGUUCAAGAGACAUUGGAGAGCCAACCCAGAGCAGUUGACUUGAAGUUGCACUAUGCCGAAGACUAUACUUCCCCGACUGCUUCUGGGGGCUGCAGGUUUCCAGGAUCAGCGAGCAACUCCUCCAUUUGUGGAAAAGCUGACUUUCCCAAGCUGAGAGAUGCAGCUCUGGAGGCCAGUGGCCUCAGGGUUUCUUCUGUUCUUUCUCCAACAUCUGGAGAAGCUGAGACUCCAGAGACGGAAGUCAAGUGCCUCCAGGUUGUCUCGAGGACCCCGUUCCAGGAAACGCGUUCCCCUUCUGAAGAACCUUCGGUCCAGGUGACUUCACGGUUGGUCCACAGUAGGGCAAGUGCUUCUGGAAAGAAAGAAGAGGAUGUCCUCAAAACAGAGAGAGGAGUAGACCACAGCCCUAAUACUUCUCAAGAGAGAGACCAAGCCAAGGACAACGGGGUGGAAGGAUGCCCAGAAGUUCUAGAAGAAGAUGCAUCUCCACAACCAUCCUUGGAGGUCGACCAAAGAGGUUCUGAUCCUUCAUCAGGAAAGAUGGAAAGGCAGAAUAAGGGAGAACCUUGUCUCCAUCUAGGUGUGGCUAUUCCACCUGAAGGAGAUGCCCUAACUGGAACGCAAGGAAGCCCAAGACUUGCCCCCUACCAUCCAAAAUCAAAUGACUGUUCAGAAGAAGCUUUAACAACCAUGACAUGGCCUGAGGUGUACGACUAUUUCUUCUCCGAUGACCUCCACGAAGUAGAAGGACCAUCAUCGCCAGAGAGAAGGUCCAGGGAGACCAUCAGCCACGGCCAUCAGUCAGAGCUACCAGCAAUGUCAGGCCCUGAGUUGUAUGAAUAUUUCUUCCAGGAUGUAGAUGAGACUGUGACUGGGGACGAGACUUGGAGCCAAGUCGGUCCUUCAGAGGCAUCCCUCAGCUCUGCCCAUCGUUUGGCUCCAUCCCUUGUCUUGGAAGAGCCGGCACCCGACACAGGCACCGAUUCCAUGGGAUUCCCAGAAGUGUACGAACACUUCUUUGCACACCCACCACAAGGCAAGAGCAGCCGGACGCCGAACAUCCUGGCCGUGCCUGCUUCAGAGUUAGGAAAGGCCUUGAGAGCUUUAACAUCCCUUAUAGGUAGGCCAGUCCGCUUUCUCACAUCCCAGCCAAGGCGGAGAGGAUCCCAGGCGGGAGUGAUGCUCGUAUCUCCAAAACUUCUGGAUGGACCCUCCCUGGCACCAGAAAACCUCGAGGUAGCUGUCUUAAAACCAGAGAGGCCUCUCCAGCUGGUCAUCACUCCCAGAGAUUUGUGCCUGGGAUUUGUGGCGUUGGCUUCUUGGGCUGUGAAAACCUCCAACUUGCAGGCUCCGGAUGCUUGGAAGAUUGUGCUGCUGGCAAACUUUGGCACCCUCUCCGCCAUCCGUUGCUUCAGGAGGCAGGUUGUCAUGGAGAAUUAUCACAGCUCUUGAGAGGCAGUUCCUGAAGGGGAUGCUUUCAAGAUCUUCUCCUGCAAAGCGUGAAAACCAAAUUUGGGCGCCUUUUGAAUUGCCGGACUUCAGAUUUACCAGUCGGGAAAGAGGUGAGAAAGAAGAUUAAACCUUCCCUAAAAAUCAUCCCUAUUGGGAUCUACCCAACUCAAGCCCCAAAUCCUUGUGUUUUUUUUUUUCUUUGUCUCCCACUUGGGAGUUUAUCUUAAACUUGCAAGGGAUGGUAAGCUAUAAAAUGAAUUCCUCCGCAGACGCAAGAGCCAAAGCAGGAAGGAUCCACGAACGAAUAAAUAAGGGGAACAAAAAGCUUGUGUUUUUUUUUUUGUAAAAAAAAAAGCAGCUAGAUUUAAGAAAAGGAAUAACUGAAAGACAAAAUCAUUCGAAAAAGGUGUUUAGGCAUUUCAGCUACAGAAAGUGAGAGAAUGUGACAUUAAGGGAGUUCAGGGAGUUCUCAACUUCCAACAGUUUGUUUAGUGACCGUUCAAAGGUACAGCAACGCUGAAAAAUAUGACUUAUGGCCAUUUUUCACCGUUACGAACUUUGCACUAUCCCAGGGUCACAUGGGAGUUGUAAAUUGAGGACUAUCUGUACUGUAAUGGGAAGCUUUUUUAACUUAAAGAGAAUUUUGCUCUUCCCAUAUUAAGCUGCUUUUUGAUGGGUUGGGAUCCGGGUUUGUUACAGACAACGAUGAACUGACUUUUGGAAGUUGGCAAGGGUGUUCGAAUAGUGGGGAGAGUUUCUAGAAAACCCCAGAAAUAUUUGCUGAUGAGCAUUAGGAAAUGACUUUGCAGGAUGCUGCAGAUAUUAUAAAGCUAUCCAAUGAGUCAUCCUGUGUAAUUUAAAAAGUUUGUCAAUGCCAUAAGCAACAAGUUGAUUGCAAACGCACACAAAUACUUGAUUUGGUUUUGUGCUUUUUCAGCCCAGCCACCUAGGGUUUAGGAGAAAAUGUUACUCAACUCAGUCUUUAGGAUGCAAAUAUAUAUAUCUAUAUCUAUAUUGGGAUCUGCCUGCUAUAAUCUGCAUGUUAUAAAGAGUUCCAGUAAACAAACUUUCUUCAAAAAAACAACAUUUUAUAUACGCUGCCCUCUGAAUGCUCAAAACACACAAUAUAUACCGUACGUUAUUUUGCUGUGAUGUUUAUAAUUAUCUCAUACAUAGAUCCGUUUAAUUUCCCCAAUGCUGGCAAAGUGAGCCCAAAAUUAAAUGGAGAUUCGUGUGACAGGUUUUUCUUUCCUAUGUCUUUUUCUCGUGGCCUCUAAACUAAGCCAGCACUUGAUCUUCAUCUGUUGUUUUGAAUGUCUUUUCCGCUCCUGUUCUCUGUGUCCCUGAUUCUCCACAAUUCCCAGAAGAGUUGAAAAUAUACUUGUGUACUGAAGAAAAAUCCCUAAUUAUUAAAGUCUUCCUGAACCCCCCAA